CUAAGGUACAGUACAGAUCACUUAUUAGGCUAAGCCUGUCGUUCCCAGCCAGCAACUUCUUCGUCAUUCCAGUGAUAAAAAGUCGCGGUUCCACCAUUCUGUAGCCGCGCCACUUCAAGUCUCUUGAAAGCUUUCAGAAAGCUUCUAAAUACACUCAUCAAGUCAUCACUCGCCUCAAACCUCGAGCUAUCCCCAUCUCUAAAGCUACCGCGCCAUCAAUUUUUCGUUCUCUUCGCAGCUUCGCAUCUACUCCAUCCCCAUGAUGUCGAGCAUCCUUACCAAUAUAUUCGCCAAGUCGUCACCCGCGCCCAGAUCGGUAAACGGCGACAAGGAAUCGCGUGGCACUAAGCGAAAAGCUAAGAGCGACCCUUACGAUGAGAUAGACGAUGACGAACCGGUUCAAAAGACGCCUUCGACUCAGCGCACUCGAUCGCGCAUUUCUUCGGAAGCACCAAACUCUAGCACAAAGGGACGGCCGCUAUCGGCAGGCAAGACUAAUAAGCGUCGAAACCGUUCGUCCGGUGCUCGAAGAGGCGAAGUAACAGAUAGUCCACGUGUCGACGCUGCAGCAAAUUUAGCUCGCGCACAGGAGCCCGAAGCGGCACGAUUACAUCCUCAACCUGAAGAAGAGUCUAGUAAAAACUCACUCGUCCCGGUGGCUGAUAUGGGCGUCCCUGAGCCUUCCAACGACAAUCCCGAGCCUGCUGAUAACGACCACGCCGGAAAUGAUACAAAGGGUAAAGAGAAGGCAACGGGAGUGAGUCGGACGGAGCAGACGCUACCCGACGCCGACGAACGUGAAGAGAAGGAAAUUCAGGCCCUUCUUCGGCACCGAAUGGCCCAGGACGGUAGCGUCGAGCUCCUCGUCCAUUGGGUUGGAGAGAGCGAGGAUGAUGCUACUUGGGAGAUGGAGGAAGAAAUUCAACGAGGCGCAGAAGAGACGCUAUACGCAUACUGGAAAGCCCAAGGCGGUCGCAUCAAUGCCCUCUUCAUUAAACCUAAAAACGCUCCCAUCGAGACCUACCACGUUUAUAAGCUGCUCGGGCACGAAAAGAAAGUUAGAGGCGGGUUCGAAUUCGAAGUCCAAUGGGUCGGCCAUCCGCCCACGCGGGGCGAGACAUCAUUCGAAGCCGAAGCCAAGCUGAAAAAGAUUGCCCCGGAGAUUCUGGAUCAAUACUGGAAGGAUAUCGGCGGUCGCGAGAAGUUCCUUGCUAGGCGCGGCCGGGACAAGAAGCAGCGUACCGAGUAACCGCGUUUUCUUGGACGAAGCUGACCUAUCUACUAUUAUUAUCUGUACAUACAUACGUACUCUUUCUUAUUUCGUCUCGCGAGCAUUCAUAAUGCCCAGCAUUGCAUCACACACGGCGUUAAGGAUGGAUCGUGAUGUGGUAUGUCAUCAAGUUUCAGGAUAGGGACAAACAUUUGAGGUGCUUGGAAGAUACUGGGGUUUUCUUCGCAUCGAGCUCAGUCAUCGCGGUCUUCUAGCUUAGGUGAUGCGGAUAGACACAUACUUUACCUUUUAUCAUAUAGGUAUUUAGAUAAUACGAUGAGCUGGGCUAUCCACUUGGUUGAUUUAACCCCUUUCAUUACUCAUUAAUUAUAAUUAACGCGUAGUUAAACAAAAUAAUUAGGAUUGGGCUGCUUCUCUAAUGACAAGUAGUUGGUGUAAGAUAGCCGGUUCGCCAGUAUCUUCACU